GGAAGCGGAAGAAGCAGGGGGGGGCGGGGGGGUGCCGCACUCCACGCUGCAUCGGCCGCCGCUCCUCUGCACGACUCCAAUCGAUCGUAGGAAUCGCCGUGGAGAAGGCGGAGGAGAGAUCUGGAGCGGCAGACGGCCGCACGUGAUCGCUCCCUGGUUUGUUUGUAAAGAAACGUCUGUGUUCGGUUGCUGUCACGGGCAGAAGGCACUGAUUUGGUGGGACUGCGGUCAAAAAAGGGGAAAAAUAAACAAGAACCAAGCUGUAGUGUUUCUAUGUGCACAUGUACCAGUGCUGCAACUGAUGGAGAAGUUGAAAGGCCCUGUGUGAAAGGAAAUAGUAGCGGCACCUUCUCAAGUUCGACGCCUUCCACCCUCGACCAUCCAAGAUACGAAGUCUUCUUUGAUAGAAAAAGGAACAUGACAACUCUUGAGAGAAGUACUGGAGCACGGGGGAUUAAGUUGAUCAGAGAGCUUAAUCUUAGUUAGUGAUGACAAUAGGGCAAGUUAGUGUUGGUUGCCUUUUGGGGAGCAUUAGAGUAUCUGUGCUAAUUUCCUCAUCAGCCACAUGGUGUUACCGACUUUGAUCAGAUCCACGGCAAAAUAAACCAAUACAUUGGGGAAAUUGUGAUGUGUUGUCAUUCUCGUUUCAGCUGUAAGAAAAGAAAGCGAAAGGAAUGUCCAGAUGCUUCUGAGUCAUCAUGUCGGCAAAGGGAAUUUGCGAGCAUUGGGAUUCAGUAUCUUAUGAGAUAAACAAGUGUAGGUAUUACUUCUUGCCAUUAAUGCGUAUGGAGAUAAACCACAUCCUGGCAUAACUUCUAGAGAAUAAUUAUUUCAAUCUAUUGCAAGUGCUUCUUUGAUGGACUGGAUUCCAAAAACUCCUUUCCAGUGGGAUUGGGAAACUCUGGAGUUAUUCAGUGGAAAAGAAAGUGAAUUAUCUAAACCUGCACAAGUACCCGACUCUAAGAUUGGAGGUGGUGCACGUAUUUGCAAUGGAUCUGUAUGUUCAUCUAGUGGUGGUGCCUCCUCGGUUCUAGAAUUGGGCAAUCGUUCAUCCAAGAGCUCCAUCUCAGCAUCCAUUGAUUCCUUGUCCGAGACAGGAAAGAGAAAGUCACAGUUCAACUUUGAUUCAACUGAACGAGCCCCAUAUAAUCUGAACAAGAAUAUCUUUGCAAGGGUUGAGGGAUCUGGAACAUCACCUGCAUCAGUGACUGCAGGCUACUCUAGGGAACCACUCACUGGUUUGAAGCUUGGGCGGACUUCUUUUGAAGAUGGUGGUGCAGGAAAUAACAUUGAGAACUUGUCUUCCUCAGCUUCUAUAACCUCGUCCAUUGCGUUAGUCAAGAAAUCUAGGGUGUCUCAGCAGACCUUUCAAAAUUUUUAUUGCCAGGUUGAAGGGUGUAACAUUGACCUUACAACAGCUAAAGAUUAUCACCGAAAACAUAGAGUCUGUGUAAACCACUCAAAGUCUCCCAAGGUGAUCGUAGCUGGUCAGGAGCGCCGUUUUUGUCAACAGUGCAGCAGGUUUCAUGGUUUGUCUGAGUUUGAUCAGAACAAGCGAAGUUGCCGCAGGCGUUUAUCUGAUCAUAAUGUACGUCGCAGAAAGCCACAACCAAUGACAAUCUCUUUUAGUUCUCCGAGGAUCUCUUCAUCAGAUCAUGAUGAUGGACAUCAAAUGAACCUUGUUUUUGGUCGAGCUCCUCCGUGUAAUGUGCCAGCAACUGUAAGUUCCCCAUGGGAUGACUUAGGCAGCUUCAAGCUUAUUCAACCUAAAGAAUCUUGGACAAAGUCCAAUAAAGCAGGAGGCAGUACUGGGCUGCUGCAAUUUUCUAGCACCUGUCAAACACAUGAUAUCACCCCUUUUCAUCAUGACUUGGAUCCACUCUCGCCAUUAAAGGGCAUCACCACUGAAGUCCUGAAUCAUAGUAGCACCUCGAAGCACUUGAAAGAUCUGGAAGCAUCUGUAUUUGCUUCUAACUUGGAUGUACCACCGGAUCUUCACAGUGCUCUCUCUCUUCUGUCAACCAAUUCCUGGAAUCCAGUUAACCCUGGAACAAGUUCUACCAAGUAUGUCAAUACAAAGAAUGCAUUUACUACUCAUCCUGAAGUAAAUAUGAUCGAUGCAACAACAGGAUUGUUGCAAGAUGAGCAACCAUUAGCACAACCAUUGACAACGACACAACCAUUCCAUCUGCAAAACGACAAUGGUCAGUUCCAGGAAUUCCAGCAGCUCAAAGCUCCUUUCCGAGCCUCUUCCUUCGACUCAACUCGGAGACACUGAUAUCUCUAAUGGGAUGGUCGCUACACUGAGUUUAAAUCGAACUUUAGUCGGAUACCUCAGUCGUUUGUGUUAAGAAUUUUGUCUCUUUGUUCGAUCAGUGGCUGAAGGUUUGGUAUGUUAGGUGAUACUCUUGCCGGUCAAAUGGGUCUACACUGUCCUUGUGGCUUUCUGUGCUGUCCACUGUUAUAGCAUCCAUCAUCUGGUGAAUAAUUCAAGUACAGGGCUUCUUCCUCUCUCUUGUUUAGGUUGAAAUGCUGUGGUGAAAUUUGCGAGCCAGCAAAAUAAAACACGCAAAGAUUACUGCAUUUGGAUCAGUUAGUUUUAAUUUCUGCUACUUGUUGAUGACAACCAAUAUCAAGUUAUAUAAUUGAGAACAUUUGCUACUUCAGACAUAUUUGUAGUUUA